AUGAAAAUACGAAAACGAUUCCUCCCGCGCACGCUACAGGAUGUCGUUGCAACUGCGUUCAUGGCCGGUAUCAUACCGAUAACGUUCUGGUUCGAGGUGUACGUCGUCAUGCCGGGUAUUCACGGGGCCGAUUCAAUCUACAACUGGAUUCACUUUGUGCCUGCCGUUUGUCUACUGUUCAACGUGACCGCGCACAUGCUGGCCACAAUCCUUUGCGACACCAGCUGCUCGACGGAACUGAUCCAGCUGCCUCCGAACGCGUCGAGUGCUGCGGCAGGUUUGGGCUCAAAAUCAUGGCACUUGUGUGCGACGUGCGAGUUCAUCGCACCACCCCGUUCCUGGCACUGCACCAGCUGCCGCACGUGCAUUCUGAAGCGAGACCAUCACUGCCUGUUCACCGGAUGUUGCAUCGGGCACAAGAACCACCGCUAUUUCAUCCUGUUCGUAGCGUACCUGUUCGUUUCCACGCUUUACGCCAGUGUGCUAAACAACUACUUCAUCUGGUUCGUGCGUGGUGAAGAGUUCCGCAACUGGACGUCCUUCGUGAAGAUCGUAUUCCCAUUGGCCAUGCUCGUCAUCGACACGUCGACGAAGCAGUACUAUCUGGUGAUCUACCUCAUCAACAUGAUCGGCGUGAUGUUCACCGGUGUCCUGCUAAUCUACCACGGGCGGCUCAUCCUCAGUGGCGCGGUAGUCCAUGAGCGCAAAGCACCGGAGUACGAUCUGGGAUGGGCACAAAACAUGCGCAUGGUGCUCGGAACACGAUGGUACAUCGCAUGGUUAUCGCCUUUCGUACGGAGCGAACUCCCACACAACGGCGUAAACUGGGAAACGCUCCAGAAGCAGACAAUCAAGAGCAAGUGACCAAUGGAUGCCCGAACGCAUCUGCAUAAAGCUAAGGUAGUUUAAUUCGCAUUUUUUUUUGUAACGGCCAUCAUUACACUUAAGGUAACGUCACCCA